AUGAAGACUGGAAAUAUCAAAACAGAAGCUUAAUAUGCUAAGGCAAAUUUUUAUUAUUCUGAUGGAACAGGUAUCAUAGAAGAUUUAAUAAAAAUCAGGACGUGAUACUUAUGUUCAAUUUGAUAACGGUGGAUUAACAUUACAUGCUUAAAGAUGUCAUCAACCUCCUGUUGGAAGCUUUUAACCUAAAAAAUCAAAUAAAAUUUAUAGACCUUAAUCAAGCAAUAAGACUCUACAUUAUAUUAGUAAUGGAAGUGGAAGAGAUAAUUAUAUUUUGUAAAUAGUAUUAAUUAUAAAUGUGAAUAGAGAUAGUCAUGGUGGAUUGAUGAAUACAUGUGCAGAUAGACAUUGGUUAGUCUCAUUUAAAUAAGGCUUAAGAACUCCUGAGAGGGCAAGGUAGUGAUACUUACUACUUUAUAGACCUCGUUCUGGUGCCAAAACACCUUAAUAUUCUUAUCAAUAGAGAAUUUGUAGACGUCUCUCUGUUCCUAAAUAUACAAAGAUCCCAUUUGAAAAACAAUUAUAAAGUGAAGAUAUUAUAUGA